AUGGCGAUGGCGAGCUUGGCUAGGAGAAAGGCGUACUUUCUCACCAGAAACAUCUCUAAUUCUUCCACUGACGCUCUCAGAUUCUCUUUCUCCCUCACCCGCGGAUUCGCUUCGUCGGGAUCCGACGAGAACGAUGUUGUCAUUAUCGGCGGCGGUCCUGGAGGUUACGUGGCGGCGAUAAAGGCGGCGCAGCUUGGUCUCAAGACUACCUGCAUCGAGAAGCGCGGCGCUCUCGGUGGUACUUGUCUUAACGUCGGCUGUAUUCCAUCUAAGGCCCUUCUUCACUCCUCUCACAUGUACCAUGAGGCAAAGCACGUCUUUGCUAACCACGGUGUCAAGGUCUCUUCGGUUGAGGUAGAUCUUCCUGCUAUGCUGGCCCAGAAAGACACAGCCGUCAAGAAUCUCACCCGUGGUAUCGAAGGUCUGUUCAAGAAGAACAAGGUGAACUACGUUAAAGGCUACGGCAAGUUUCUGUCCCCGUCCGAAAUCUCCGUGGAGACAGUCGAUGGAGAGAACACGGUUGUCAAAGGCAAACAUAUCAUAGUUGCAACUGGCUCAGAUGUCAAAUCUCUGCCUGGCAUCACCAUCGAUGAGAAAAAGAUCGUCUCAUCAACCGGGGCUCUGUCUCUGUCAGAAAUCCCAAAGAAACUCAUCGUUAUCGGUGCUGGCUAUAUUGGUCUCGAGAUGGGUUCUGUGUGGGGACGGCUCGGAUCAGAGGUCACAGUUGUUGAGUUUGCAUCAGAUAUCGUACCUUCGAUGGACGGUGAAAUCCGCAAGCAGUUUCAACGUUCACUAGAGAAGCAGAAGAUGAAAUUCAUGCUCAAGACUAAAGUUGUUGGCGUGGAUUCCUCAGGAGAUGGCGUCAAGCUCAUCGUGGAGCCUGCAGAAGGUGGAAACCAGACCACUCUAGAAGCUGAUGUUGUCCUCGUCUCGGCAGGAAGAAGUCCGUUCACAUCUGGACUUGAUCUGGAGAAAAUUGGAGUUGAAACAGACAAAGUAGGGAGAAUUCUUGUGAACGAGAGAUUCUCGACAAAUGUCUCAGGCGUUUAUGCGAUUGGAGAUGUGAUUCCAGGACCAAUGCUUGCGCACAAAGCGGAAGAAGACGGUGUGGCUUGUGUUGAGUUUAUAGCAGGGAAACACGGCCAUGUGGAUUACGACAAAGUCCCAGGGGUUGUAUACACCUAUCCCGAAGUUGCCAUGGUGGGUAAAACCGAGGAGCAGCUGAAGCAAGACGGUGUAAGCUACAAGGUUGGAAAAUUCCCGUUCAUGGCCAAUAGCAGAGCCAAGGCCAUAGACGCAGCAGAAGGAAUGGUCAAGAUUCUGGCUGAUAAAGAGACAGACAAGAUCUUGGGGGUUCACAUAAUGUCACCGAACGCAGGAGAGUUGAUCCACGAGGCGGUUCUGGCGAUCAACUAUGAUGCGUGUAGUGAAGACAUUGCUCGAGUCUGUCAUGCUCAUCCCACCAUGAGUGAGGCUAUCAAGGAAGCUGCCAUGGCUACCUACGACAAGCCCAUUCACAUGUAG